AUGAACUGUGAAAGUUAUGAAGCGUUACAGUGGAAAAAAGAUUUUCAAUUAUUCAAGGGAGAAAUUUGUGCUGUGCCAACUUCACGUGUACUUUUUGAGGUUGAAGCUCAUUCAACGAUGACGAAUAGCAAAUCCUUGUAUAAAGUAAAAUUACAAGACAUAAUUAAUUUGACGGAUAUUAAUGCAUGA